AUGUGCGGGAUCCACGUCGUCGUUACGCGCGACGGCUUCCAGUCCCUGCCGCAAGACGUCAAGACAUGCCUCUGCAACCGCGGUCCGGAUCAUCUGGGCGAAGCUCGCUGUCAAACAUCAGGCGGUAGCGGUAGCCCUGUAUUCCUGACUCUGACCUCGACGGUUCUGGCUCUGCGCGGUGACCACAUCACCCACCAGCCCUUUCGCGACGCGUCUUCUGGGUCCGUUCUAUGCUGGAACGGCGAGGCCUGGAAGAUUGCAGGGGAACCCGUCCAUGGGAACGAUGGAGAGGCGAUAUUUGCUUUGCUCACCGCGGCCAGUAAGCGCGACGCACCGGAAGAUGCGAUUUUGAAUGUGCUGCGCAGCAUCGAGGGCCCUUUCGCGUUUGUCUACUUCGACGCGACUUCCUCCCGUCUAUUUUAUGGUCGCGACCGCCUUGGUCGACGCUCUUUACUACUCAAUGGAGAGGGAGGAAUCAGACUGUCUAGCAUUGCUGAAAGCACAUCAUCUUCGUGGGCAGAGGUGGAAGCAGAUGGCAUCUACGUUGUAGACUUGGCAUCUUGGGACGGUGAGUCUCUGGGCUCAAAUUCGCCUCGCUCUUGGACGCCAGGUGAGACCGAGACGGUCCUCAACAUUGGAGUCUUCAACAUGUUGCUCCCGCCAUCAGAUGUUCAGUCACUCUCAGCAGUGUCACCAUCAGUACAAGCAGUCAGGCAGCAAAUGACCGAGUCGCUCAAGUUACGCGUCUUGAACGUUCCUGAACCCCCAGCCCAUGAUGCUGGCAACGACACGCGAGUAGCUGUCUUGUUCUCCGGCGGGCUGGACUGCACGAUCCUGGCGCGGAUGGCUAGCGACCUGGUCCUACCUGAUCAAGGCAUCGACCUGAUCAAUGUGGCCUUUGAGAACCCUCGCUUAGCAGCGAAGGCUGACAACUCUCUUGGUGCGCCAAGUCUCUACGAGGCUUGUCCAGAUAGAAUCACGGGAAGGAAGUCCUUUGCCGAGCUGACUGCAGUCUGUCCUACUCGUAGCUGGAGGUUCAUUGCCGUGGAUGUUCCAUACCAAGAAGUACUCGCGCAUCGGGGCCAAGUGAUCUCUUUGAUGUAUCCCCAUAAUACCGAGAUGGAUCUCUCCAUCGCUUGCGCCCUCUACUUUGCCGCCCGCGGCAUCGGCAUGUCACAGAGUAGCCCGUCAGACUCCGCUGUCCAGUACGCUACGCCGGCGCGAGUGCUUCUCUCUGGCCUCGGGGCAGACGAACUCUUUGGCGGCUAUGUACGGCAUACCACCGCCUUCUCGAGGAGAGGCUACCCGGGCCUUCUCGAGGAACUUAAGCUAGACGUCAGCAGACUUGGGAAGCGGAACCUGGGCCGCGACGACAGAGCCAUGUCCCACUGGAGUCGCGAGGUUCGAUUUCCGUUCCUCGACGAGCAGUUUGUCAAGUGGGCCAUCGAAUGCCCGGUCUGGGAGAAGUGCGACUUUGCCUUCUCCGAGGCAGAGUCAGGAGUUGAUCCUGAGAAGAGGGCGCUGAGGCUUCUUGCUAAGGACCUUGGCAUGGGCGCAGUCGCCCAGGAGAAGAAGAGAGCGAUCCAAUUUGGCUCGAGGACAGCAAAGAUGGAGAGCGGAAAGACCAAAGGCACAACACUCAUUGCUCCAUGA